CUCCUGGCGGCGACUCGGCGAGUCGCGUCAAAAGUGAUCAUCAGAGACGAGCGAGAAGGAGCCGAAUGGCGUCGAUCGCGAGAUGCGAUUGAGUUGGAUCGGCGCCGCCUGUCGACUGCACCCGCGCCGCCCCUGAGAAUAAGCCGCCCCGCCCGCCUCCAGCUGCCCCACGAUGAGUUGUCACUACGCGCGAAAUUCAGGAGUGCCGAACAUGCCGAAUGCCGCUGCCGCCGCCAACGACGAUCAGCGAAGCGAGCUGAGCAUCGCGUCGGCGCGGGCGUCGGUCAUGGUCUACGAGGACACGAUCAAGCGGUGGGUGCCGUCCGGCUCUUCGUCCGGACUUUCCAAGGUGCACAUCUACCACCACCAGGUCAACAACAGCUUCCGCGUCGUCGGCCGCAAGCUCAACGACCUUGAGGUGGUGAUAAACUGCGCCAUAAUGAAAGGGCUCAAGUACAACCAGGCGACGACCACGUUCCACCAGUGGCGUGACAACAAGCAGGUCUACGGCCUCAACUUCAGCAGCAAGGAGGACGCGGAAGCCUUCGCCAAAGCAAUGCUCCAUGUUUUAGACGUUUUGAGUGGAAACAAGCCGCCACCGUUGCCGCCGCUGCAGCAGGGGAUGGCGCAAUCGGCGCCGCAGCAGGCGCCCAUUUACGCAGGGCAGCCACACCAGCUGCCGAACGGCUCCUACGAGGAGGACAUGGGCUACAGCCAAAUUAUGGCGACGGCCGCCGGCCUGCAGCAUGACUACUUCGCGCCGGGCCACCCGCAAGUGGGCCUUCGCGGUGGCGGUGGCGGUCCCCCGGGCCCGCCCCCGCCGGCCGCCCAGCCGCAACUGCCCCAGCAACAACUGCCCCCCAGUUUCUACCACACGUCGCCGCAAGGAUCCAGGACAAUGACCAGAGAGGACGUGGCCAUCAUCCAGGAGCGGCGGAUGUCGCAGCAGCAGCAGCAGCAACAAAUGAGCAGUCCAGGCGCCGCGUCGCCAGGAGCCCCACCACCCGCGACGCCGCCUGGAGGCCACCACAGGACGUCGUCGGCGCCGCCGGCGCCACAGCCCCCUCAGCCGCCCCCAGCGCCUCCCGCGGGCCCUCCGGCGCCGCCUCCGCCUCCCAUGCACGGAGCACCGCCCCCGCCCGGACCCCCCGGACCUCCCGGGCCUCCACCGCCGCCAAUGAUGGGCGGAGGGGGGCCUCCUCCCCCGCCGCCCCCGCCGGGCAUUAACAUGUCCCGCUCGUCGAGCUCGGACCUCACACAGGACUCUGGCUCGUUCGCCGCCGCCCUCCAGCAGGCCAAGCUCAAGAGAAACAGCAAACAGAACGCGAGUUGCGAGAACAGCGGCUCGAGCACCUCGAGCAGCGGCAGCAACUACGGCACACUUGGCCGCGCUGCCGGCAAUUCUGUAGGUGGUGGUGGUGGUGGCGGCGGCGGUGGCGGCGGCAUGGCCUCCAUGAUGGACGAAAUGGCCAAGACUCUGGCCAGACGCCGCGCCGCAGCGCAGAACAAAGACACUGGCGCGCCCUCGCCCUCGUCCAAUCAGGAUGGGGAUGAGAAGAAGCAGCCGUGGGAGAAAAACAGUGGCAAAGUGAAUGGUGGCGGCGGCGGCGAGAGCCCCAAGGUGGGCCGCAAACGCUUCGGCUCGGAAGACGCGGCGGCGGCCGCGACGGGUCUGCCCGGCGCCUCGCCAAAGGUCAACGGCGGCGCCCCCGACUCGGAGCUGGAUGCGCUGAAGCAGGACAUCCUGCGCGAGAUGCGCAAGGAGAUGCAAAAGCUCAAGUUGGAAAUCGUCGAUGCGAUCAAAAGCGAGCUGAAUCGGCGGUAAUCUCGGCGGGCGACUAGCGAGCGAGUGAACCACGAAAACAGAAACAAGUUUUCUCCGGAGACAACAACCCACACACACAUUCCUUCUUGAUUUCUCCUGAUUUGCUGGAACUUUUUCCAACGGAACGACUGAACGGGACAAUUUUUAUUCCAAAAGAAAAAGAAAGAGAAAAGAGUGUGCCUGCUGCCGGCGCCCCCAUUCGUUCAUUUCCCCUCUUCCUUGCUCCUUCGAAGCGGCGAAAGUUGAAGAAAAAAGAAAGAAAGCAUCACCGCACUUCUUUUGUUUGUUUUCCGGCGACCGACUAGUCAAGAGAGGAAAUAAUUCGUUUUUCGUUCGUGCGGGCCACGAAGCAAACGUUCGAUUCCCGGCCAUUACCUCGACUCUCUUUUCGCCGCACUGCCAAAAAUUCUCUCGUUUUGCAUUAUGAAAUGGAAAUGGGGAGUGGAAUGAAAAGAAACUCUAACUUUGGUGCUCAAAGUUUGCAUUUAAAACGACGAUGAAAGUGGUUCGAGUGAACCCUAGAGGACCAGCCGCCAAGUCGAUUGAUUUGCAGCCAGGCCAAGUCAUUAUUUUUGUUUUAAGGUACUUCUUCGCGAGAUUUGAGACUAAUCAGACUAAAAAUUGCAUUUUAUUUCGAUUUAAGUGGAAUUUAUUUUUUUAAGGUGGAUGAAACAUUAACCAGCCAUGCUUGUGAGAGUAAAAAAUUUCAAUUUAAAAAAUAUGCUUUUUUGCCCAUUGUUAGUCAAAAAUAUUAAGAAAAAGGGUAGAAUUAUAAUAAAACUGCACCAUAUUUGGACUUAAAUGGUGAUCUUGGACACCACCCACAUUUUGAAAAAAAAAAUCAAAUUAGAGUUUGGCCAUUUCUGCCUUGAUUUUAAUUUCGAACAAGCGUUGAUUUGUGUUUUACAGUCAAAAUUGACUUUUAGUGGCUCAUUUUAAAUAAAAACCGCUUUAGUGUUCAAAACUGCCAACAGAUGGCGCCACCGUAUUUAUACAAUGUUGUGAUUUAGGGCUAAAUCCUGAUAUUGAACCCUCCACAUUUAAAAUUAUUUCUCUUCUGAGCUAAAUAAAAACCGAUUCAGCUGAUCUCACCGGUGAAAAAUUUAAAAUACAAAAUUUUCACUAAUAAUAAGCCUUUGCAGUUGUUUAAACGGUGAUUGUCUGGACUGAUUUUCAGCACAUAAAAAUGCUCUGUGGAAGAAGGAUUAAGUCUGAAAUUGCAGUAAAAUAACCAGUACCGUAUUGGUGGCUCUAAUAAACUCUAUGUAAUUCUCAAAUUUGGAAAAAAAUCGGACUGAAACUUCUUCAAAUUAAGUUUAAACCGACUCUGCCUGCAUUUUAAAUUUGAAAAACUAAAAUUUUCCACUCAUUCGAAAAAAUUAAUUUCAGUACACAUUAUGUCUGAAGGCUUUAGCUUAAAAUUGUCUCAAUCUCGCCAAGAAAGACUAUUUUAGGGAGAAUUUUUUAAAGAAAAAUUUAAAAAUGCUUUUCGUUCAUUCUUAUAGAAAUACGAUAUGGGAAAGUAAAAUUAAACCAAUCAGCUCGCGUGUGAGAAUAUUGUCGUUUUGAUAUUUGAAAGAAAGAGAGAAAGCAAAUGAUGUGUAACCAUGCGAAUAAAAUUAAAACUAACUCGAUAAUCCCUGACGCAAACAACAUGUACAUGUGUGUAAAUAGUGCGAUGAUAUAAGAAACAAACACUGGAAUGUAUUAUUUAUGUUCGUUCGCGUUCGUCGAUCGUUUAAUUUUAGUGUAUCAUUAACUCUCUCAUAGACACAGCAGAUUUUAUAUGCAUAUAUUUUUUAACUCUCAUUUCUAAUCCGUGCUUCGUUCUUUUAACCUGAUCAUUUUCGGCUUUACAACUUGCGUUGCGUUCGACUGUUUAAUUAUUUUUCCUCAUGUGAGAGUAGCUCUGGAAUAUUUUUUUUGACACUGUCGAUCGAUCCUUGAGGGCCGAAUUAUUUGGUCGAAAUUAAGACAAGACUUGCUUAAAAUCAACAGAGAGGCUAAAAACCGUUACUUUGGUCGUUUUUGGUAUGAAUUUAUCAAUCAGUUCUCUGAUUGAUUCAAACCAAAAAACCGCUUAAAAGUAACGGUUAUUGGGUUUCCACGGAUUUAGUCUGAUUCGACUCUCAAGAAUGGAUUGACAUAGUGUCAAAAAUAAACUUCCACUGCUGCUUGAAAGAAAGAAAGUGACAAGAAGUAUUCGCGAUCUCAGUCAGUGUAACAAGUAAAAUACCGAUAAGUAAGCAACAAAUACCUCUCUUGCAUGUAUGCAGAGUGUUGACGACAUUUAUUACGGUUAAUUAAUUAUAUCUACCGCAGCAGUAUAAUUAUUAUACCCAUUUCGACCAGCCCAACCUCCACCCCACCCACGCCCAGCCAGCAAUUCGUUUUCUCCCCCAUGAAAAUUAUUAAAAAUAAAAAAAUAAACGUAGUGCAGACGACGACGUUGAUGAUGAAAGCCUGGAAGACACGCACGGGCGAUGCAGUUAGAGAAUUUUUAGUGACACAUAUACAUGAAAACGUCGAACUCGUAGCUUGGAAUUUGAAAAGCGCAUUUUUGGUCGAGCCGCUGCAGCAAAAUUUAUUCGCCGCCAACGCACGUUUCCGCGGCCACGACACGACGACCGAUUGUCCUUUUGCAUUGUAUUUUGAAAUAAAUCCUCAAAAUCUCAA